AUGCGUCCGGCUCCCUCUCUGUUAGCAACGGCUCUUUUGGCCCAUUCCACAAUUGCCUGGCAACUUCCGCACGCUUUCACAGAGGAUCCAGAGGACGAUACCCCGUUGCCAUUGGUUAUUUGGCAUGGUUUAGGCGACACGUACAACUCCGAAGGCAUCCAGGAUGUUGGCGUGCUCGCAGACAAGAUCCAUCCCGGCACGUUUACCUACGCAAUCGCCAUCGGCGCAGAUGCAAACGCAGACCGGUCAGCAACAUUCUUCGGCAACGUGACCGAACAGCUCCAGUUUGUCUGUGACACCCUCGCCGCACACCCCAUUCUUUCCACCGCACCCGCCAUCGAUGCGAUCGGCUUCUCGCAGGGCGGCCAGUUCCUCCGCGGCUACGUCGAGCGGUGCAACAAGCCUCCCAUCCGAAGCCUGAUCACCUUUGGCAGCCAGCACAACGGCAUCUCCGAGUUCAAGACGUGCGGCAACACAGACUACCUGUGCAAGGCGGCCAUGGCCCUGCUCAGGUUCAACACCUGGAGCAACUUCGUCCAGAGCCGCCUGGUGCCUGCGCAGUACUACCGCGACCUGACCAACUACGACUCGUAUCUUCAAAGCUCCAACUUCUUGGCCGACGUCAACAACGAGCGGCCGGUCAAGAACGAACAGUACAAGAAGAACAUUGCGAGCCUCGCAAACUUUGUCAUGUACAUGUUCGAGGACGAUACGACCGUCAUUCCCAAGCAGACUUCGUGGUUCACCGAGGUCAACGGCACGGAGAUCACGCCUUUGCGCAAACAAACCCAGUACAAGGAGGAUUGGCUCGGCCUUCGCCAGCUGGACGAGAAAGGCGGCCUCCGUUUCCGAUCCAUCACGGGCGAGCACAUGCAAAUCACAGCCCAAGUCCUCAAGGAGGCCAUGUCGGAUUUCCUAGGCCCCAUGAACAGGACAUUUGCCCCAGAGCGCGAGGCUGUGCCAAACUUGUCGUCACAGGAGCUCUAG